ACACAAGGCAGCAGCGAAGAAGACAUUCCCACGUGUUUACAACAUGUCUGCGGGCUGAGUUGCGUUGAAUUUAGAUGAAGUUUUGUGUAUUCUGCCUUGUUAUCUCGUAGUGGUAAACCCCCAGUAUCACGCUGCCGAAGAAAACGACAGUAAAACGAAAAAAUGGCUCAGCGAAAGAAGAAACUUACGAAGAAAAAGAGACACCAUCCAGCUAACAGAGAACCGGAGUCUGAAUCUGACGGAGACUUCGAGCUGGCAGCUGAAGUUAAAGACGAUGAAUCUCCUGGGAGGAAGCUGCUGCGGUUCCCGUCUACUGCAGACUGCACAUCAGAUGUGGAGCCGGACACCAGGGAGCUGGUUAGAGCCCAGAACAAGAAGAAAAAGAAAUCUGGGGGCUUUCAGUCCAUGGGCCUGAGCUAUCCUGUUUAUAAAGGUGUCAUGAAAAAAGGUUACAAAGUUCCUACACCCAUUCAAAGAAAGACUAUCCCGGUGAUUUUGGAUGGGAAGGAUGUGGUAGCCAUGGCUAGGACAGGCAGUGGGAAAACUGCUGCCUUUCUUGUGCCCAUGUUUGAAAAACUGAAGGCCCCUCAAGCCUCAGCAGGAGCCAGGGCCCUCAUUAUGUCCCCUACCAGGGAGUUGGCCCUACAGACGAUGAAGUUCACGAAAGAGUUGGGAAAGUUUGCUGGCCUCAAGACUGCUUUGAUUCUGGGUGGAGACAGAAUGGAGGAUCAAUUUGCUGCUCUUCAUGAAAAUCCUGACAUAAUCAUUGGUACUCCUGGUCGUCUCAUGCACGUGGUAAAGGAAAUGAACCUGAAGCUGCACAGCGUGGAGUAUGUGGUCUUCGAUGAAGCUGAUCGGCUGUUUGAAAUGGGUUUUGCCGAACAGCUUCAGGAGAUCAUUCAGAGACUCCCAGACACCAGGCAGACUCUCCUGUUCUCUGCUACUCUCCCCAAACUGUUGGUGGAAUUUGCCAGAGCUGGGUUGACAGAACCGGUCCUGAUUCGUUUGGAUGUGGAUUCUAAGCUCAGCGACCAAAUCAAGCUCUCCUUUUUUCACUUGCGUGUGGACGACAAACCCGCAAUGCUGCUACACCUCUUGAAAAAUGUGGCAAAACCCCAGGAACAAACGGUAGUCUUUGUGGCCACCAAGCAUCAUGUUGAGUACCUCAGAGAGUUGCUAUCUUCAGAAGGCAUCGAGUGCGCCUACAUCUACAGUGCUCUUGAUCAAACUGCCAGGAAGAUCAAUAUUGGUAAAUUUGUGCACCGGAAAGCUAUGGUGUUGAUCGUGACAGAUGUUGCUGCUCGUGGUAUAGACAUACCCAUGCUGGACAUCGUCAUCAACUACAACUUCCCAUCCAAGCCCAAGCUCUUCUUGCAUAGAGUCGGUCGUGUGGGACGUGCUGGUCGCAGUGGCACCACCUACAGCCUGAUAUGUCCUGAUGAGAUGCCUUUUCUCUAUGACCUCCAUCUUUUUCUUGGAAGGCCUGUGCAGUUUGCUACACUUGACCACACACAAGAGUGUGAUGGCGUGCUUGGCAGAGUCCCUCAGAACAUUCUGGACGAUGAAGGUUCCAAUCUGAUCACAGCUCAUGAAAACUCCCUGGACCUACAGAAUCUGCAUCGUGUCUCGGAGAACGCAUACAAGCAGUACCUCAAGUCGAGGCCCAACCCCUCUGCAGAGUCCAUCAGACGAGUCAAAAACCUGGAUCUGUCCUGCAUGGCUGUUCAUCCGUUUCUCGGUUGUGGUCUGGAGAAAAUGGAACUCGAGCGUCUUCAAAUAGUCGAUGCUAUCAAAGGCUACAAAUCUAAAUCAACCAUCUUUGAAAUCAACUCGAACAGUAAGACAACUGCCAGUGAGGUGAUGCGAGCGAAACGCUCCAAAGACACACCUUUGAUGGACAAAUUCAGCAAACGGAAAGAGGAUCUGGCUGCAGAGAACAAGCCGCAGCUGGUCGUCGCCUCUGCUAAUAAUGGCGACUCUACACAGGGAGCAGACGAGGAGGAGGAAGAUCUGAAGGGUGUGUUUUCUGAGGUUUUAGGCGGGAAAAGAAAAGGUCCACAGAAACACGAAGAGCAUCUGCAGAACAAGAGAAGAAAGCAAACGGGCAAAGAUGAAGAGUAUUACAUCCCUUACAGACCGAAAGACUUCAACUCUGAGAAAGGCUUAAGCCUCGGUGGAGAGGGCAGUAACUUUGAGCAACAGGCUUCCUCUGCUGUUCUGGACCUUAUGGGAGAUGACAGUAACCAGUUAAACCAGCACAAAAAAAUAAUGAAAUGGGACCGGAAGCGGAAGCGCUUUGUAACAGAAACAAGAAAAGAGGACCACAAGAAGAAAAUUAAGACUGAGAACAACAGAGUCGUUGUUAACAAGAAGAACAGGAAGAACUUUUAUGAAGAGUGGAAGAAAAAGUACAAGGUGGAUGAUGCAGAUUCUGGAUCAGAGGGAGAAACAGGAGGAGGAGCUGGAGGUCGCGGCCGAGGUCGCCGGGGACCGACCUCUCGCAGGACCUCUGCAGGAUCAGGAGGUCGCAGAGUACGCUCAGAGCUAAAAACAAGUGCUCAGAUCCUAAAGCAGCGCAAAAUCAAAGACAAGCAGAAGUUCUUGCAGGGCGGUGGGAUGAAAAAAAUCCGCGCUAAGAACAAGAAGUGGGUCGGAGAGGUGAAGAAGGCAGGCUUUGGUCGGGGCAGCCAAAAGAAGGGCAAGCUGAAGAAGAGACUGUGAGGGCGACAGAUGACAAUCUUUAGGUUACAGGAGAAGCUGUGGUGAAGACAGCGUUUUGGACUGUAAAAGUGCAUUUCAUCCUUUCAUUUUGACGCCUCCUUUGGUGUCAGCAGCUCAGACAGAAUGUUUUUAAAUGUUGACACAGCAUCUGUUCUGUUAAUUACUGGAUCGCUACAUAAAACCCUUAAUUAGAAAAAAAUCAAGUGUGUCAUUGCCCUUUAUAUUGAAUAAAGUAUUUACUUGGCU